AAGUACGCACGAGCUUUACGCACGCCUCUAGUUUGCGCCAUGGCUGUAGAAGAGUCUAGUCUAGAUGAAGGUGUCUGCGCUGUUGUAAAAUAACAAUAAGGAAACCGAGUUACAGUGAGCACAACAAACAGACUCGAUCUGAACAAAGUCUGUUAGUACACAGUUUGACUACCAGACGUGUCUCCGACUCUGUGAUCCUCCUCCUGGACAAACCAAGCUGACAACACUGUCUGUGAUCCUGCAGCAUGGCCCGACCUCUCCAGGUCCUCUCUCUGCUCUCCAGGCUCGGUGCUCUGUCAGUGACCCCUUCACUCUCUACUAACAGCUGUCGAUUCGUUAGCAGAGGCGUCGGUAAGGCGUGGAUGGGACAGAGCCAUGUGCACAGAGACAGAAACAGAGCUCCGAGAUACAGCGAUGAAGUGUCAGAUGAAGACCGAGGACUGGAGGAUGUAGAGGACAAGCUGCAGGCUUUGGUUGAUGCGGAGAGAAAGAGGCAGAAAACAGUGAAAUAUCACAUACUGAGGAGGCAGAUGACACCAUCAGGAGCUCCAGAGAGGAAGCUAACCUGGGAGGCUAUCGAGCAGAUCAGAUAUCUGAAGCAAGAGCAACCGGAGGAGUGGACAGUAGAGCGUCUGGCUGAGGGCUUCUCCGUCACCCCUAAUGUCAUCCUGAGAGUCCUCAGGAGCAAAUUUAUUCCCGCUCCUGAGAGAAAAGCCAGGCAGGAUGCUAAUGUGAUGUCUGGACUCAGUCAGCAGGUGUUGCCCUCAGGUGCUGGGACAAGGCAGGACAGGCUGAAGCUGCCUGGAAACCGAGUACCAGCUGCUCUCCCCUCUGGAAGUAGAGAAGGUGGUUUGGUUCCUCUGGCUGACCGGACUCUGAUGAUUGGAGGCAAAGGUUCAGCAUCUGUGGCCAAGAGUCCCGCACCUGUUGCUGUUCCGCCCCCCCAGUUCACAGAAGAUAUUAGUAAAGACGCCACAGUGACAAUAAAAGGAGAGGACAGCAAUAGCAACACAAAUCCUGCAGGGGACGACAAAGAGGAUGAAGAGAGCUGGGAUGGAGAGGUGCUGUCAGAGGAAGAACUUGAAGAGUUAAUGGACAUGAAAAAUCCUUCUCCUGUGGUGCAAGUUGGGAACGAUUUCUUAGACGCAGAAGGCAACUUUUUGUAUAGAAUCUGAGGACUUCCUGUGUUACUGGAUGAUCAGGUCGGCGUUAUCACACUUCAUAAUAAUCAGUGGCUUUUUACUGUGCAUGAUUGAACAGGCAAAGAAACGAAGAAUAAAUGUCUAACAAAUAAAAAAAACAUUAUUUUGUA